CCUCUUUUCUCAGAGUCCCAGCUGAUUGGCUCCCCUGCAGGGUGGGGGGUGGAAAGUGGGGGCGGCCUGUGUGUGCUGGGGUGUGUAAAGGGUGCAAAGUUCGAGGGUUGCCUUUGAAUUUCAGCUUUUUUUAGUCACUAAAGGCCUCUCAAGCUUUCCACAAUGUCGAGCAGUGACAGAGUUAAAAUUGAUGAACCCUUGUGGGAUCAGUCAACGUUUCUUGGACGAUUCAAGCACUUUCUAUUCAUCACAGACCCUCGUUCUUGCAUAGUAUCUGAUGAUAAAUUAUACGAGGCCAAAACCUUGGUGGAGCAAUACAGGAUUGGUAAAGAGCCUCCAGGCACCACGCAAGACAAAGUUUUGAUGGCAAAGAAACUGUAUGAGGGGGCCUUUCAUCCAGACACUGGAGAUUUGCAAAAUCUUUUUGGACGGAUGUCUUUUCAAGUUCCUGGUGGUAUGGCUGUUACUGGAGCCAUGCUGACAUUUUAUAGAACAUCUGGAGCUGUCAUGUUUUGGCAGUGGGUCAAUCAAUCUUUCAAUGCCUUAGUCAACUAUACAAACCGUAACGCAAAAUCUCCCCUCACUACUGAACAAUUGGGGCUAGCCUAUAUUUCUGCCACUGCCUCUGCUGGUUUAGUUGCUGUUCAAUUCAAGGGUUUUCUGGAAAAGCGAGCAGGAUCCUUGAUGAAGCGUUAUGUGCCCUUUGUUGCUGUUGCCGCUGCCAACUGUGUCAAUAUUCCUCUUAUGCGCCAGAAUGAAAUUCUUGAUGGAAAUGACGUGUAUGAUGAAAAUGGGAACAGACUUGGACAGUCUAAGGUAGCAGCUGUUGUUGGUAUUAGUCAAGUUGUUCUUUCAAGAAUAGUCAUGUGUGCCCCUGGAAUGACUGUGUUACCUAUUAUAAUGGAUCGCCUUGAGAAGCGACCAGCAUUUAAACGAGCUACCUGGUUCCACGCCCCAUUCCAAACUGUUGCUGUGGGGUGCUUCCUCCUGUUCAUGGUUCCAUUUGCCUGUGCUAUAUUCCCUCAAAAAGCGUCCUUGAGUAUGAGCACCAUAAAGAAAUAUGAACCUGAAGAGUACAUAAAAAUAGUGAAGCAAACUAAGGGGCAGGUGCCAGACAGGGUAUACUUCAAUAAGGGUCUCUAAAUGAAACAACUACUGACUACACUAGCAAAUCUUCCCACAAAGUGUUUGUGAAACACACAUUAUUAUUUUUUUAAAUAGAUGUUCUAUACACUUUAAAUAUUUUUUUUGUUUAGAAAGAUUUAAAUCUGAGUUUAAAUGACAUUUGAAGGAUAUGUUUAGUGCCAUCUCAUUUUUUUCUCCUUGAACUGCAGAUUCAAUGAACUUAAAGUAUUUGUUGAAAAAAAGAUGAGCAGGGCAAGUUCACAAUCAUUGUAUUUCUGGAAGUAGAAGCAGAGACGCUGUUGAUCCAAUUUUGUCAGUGAAAGUUAAAUAUCAGUCAUUCAUUAUGUCGUAUGUAGCAUUCCUUAGUUGAAAUUAAUUUACAAGACAAUAAUUUUGUGAGUUAGUGUAAGUUAGAAUUUUUAAGAAAAAUCUUAAUCAAGAAAUUGUUGCUUUCUGUCUCUCUGUUUAGCACCAUGAAAUUAGGGUCUGUUUUUAUCUCAUUGCUUUUUGUUUUUGUAUUUAUGUACACCUAAGUAAUAGAGUGAUUGAUUGGGUUUUUAAA